UUCCAAGACAUUUAAAAAUGGCGGUAGGGGAGGAGACAACUUGUCUAGAAUAAAACUUGAAAUCAUUGCUACAAAGUCUGCUUCAGUGGUGAUUUUGGUGAUUAGAUUGUUGUGAAAUUCAUGGAAAAGGUUUAAGAUUAAGUAAUCUUCGUAUCAAGAUAAUUUGCGGAUAAUUAAGAGGGGACCGAAGGCAAAAGUGUAUUGCUAUAUGGCCGACCUGGGCAGAUGCAGACAGACUGCAACCUCGUGAAAAGGCUGAAUAACGCUAAAGGAGUACUAAUCUCGGAAUUUAUGACAUGCUAGUGCCUAGGACUUUAUUUAAAGGAGCGCAGGCAACAUUCGACAGUCAAAUUUCAUCAAAAAUUUAUUGAAAUGAGUUUUGAAGUGCAAGUUCUUGUAUUGGGAGCAGAGUCUACAGGCAAAACCCUUCUUUUGAAGAGACUGCAAAAUGUAUUACAAGAUGGAUACAAGGAAGAAGAAGAAUUUGAAAUUAUUCCACCAACAGUUCCAACUAUUGGUACCAACCUUGCAAAUAUAACCUUUAACAAAAGGAAGCUUAAUUUCAGAGAGCUUGGUGGUGCUAUGGCUCCUAUAUGGAAAAAUUUUUAUGGUGAAAGCAAUGCUGUAAUGUACUUGAUAGAUGUUUCAAACAAUUUUCAGAUUGCAGCAUCAACAAUACUUUUCUUUGAUGUUUUGAAGGCAGAAAAACUAUCAAAAAUACCAAUUUUACUGCUAUUUAACAAAACAGACCUUGCUUCAAAUUUGAGUAUCCAAGAGCAUAAAUUUAUUCUCAGGCUGACUGACCUGGAAAAACAUGUUACGCAAAAACUGACAGUCGUUGAAUGCAGUUUGAAAACUGGAAAUGGAAUUAAAGACUUGAAAGAUUGGCUUUUGACCAUUUAGGGCAACUUAUCAUGUAGAUAAGCACAAAAUGUAUCAAAAUGCUGCCAAUUAAAGGAUUUUUUAUCAAAAGACUAAAUUGGAUGACUUAGGGCUUUAUGAAAUGGGGGACCAAAUUACAAGAAGCUCAAUUUGUUCAAACUUUGUUAGAAUGGUGAUGUUAACUGGUUUAUCAUCAAACAACGUGAAGUGCAGAAUUGUACAAACAAGUUCAAAGCAAAAGGAUUUUCACCAAAGCAGACCUUUAUGAAUUAGAAGUUUGUAUGAUAGUAAAGAUGUUAGUUUAUUUGGGAUUUAAUCAAUUAAAUUUCAUCAUAUUAGUCAAUUCUCAAGGGUCUUUGUUUUUGGAUAAUAACUUGGGUUGCUACAUAUUAACAUCUUAUGAUUUGCCUCAUUGCAAUUUGCUCUGCCGUUUCUUAAAAUUUAUGCUCAAUGCUACAGAGGCACAAAGUCUCUCAAGAGUUUGGAGUAAAAAUACUAAAUGCAUUGGAAAUUAUAACCUUUUUUGUCUCUUCUGGUAAACAGGGGGAUUUAAGGAUUCAGAAGUAGGUUUAUCUCACUUUGAUUAAAUUUCAGGCUGUUUGUGCUCUAACAACACUCCUAUUCUUUAUAUAUCCAUGUAUAUAUUCUUAUUGAUGUUUCCAUUUCUUUACAUGACGAUAUAUGUGCUAUUAUACCUUAA